AUGGAAGGCAGAAUCACGACAGCAGAACAGGGCGGUCGAGCCACAGAAGCUUUCCCGCUGGCCCGGCCGAGGCUCGCAACGGAGCAGUUUCUCAGGCAGCACAGCGACGCAGCGCGGGAAGCAGCUGCGCAGCAGUGCGCCAGAAUCAGCAGUGUUUCCAAAAACAGCGUCAACAGCAGCAACAAACAAGGAAAGAAAAACAAAGGGGAUAAUAGUAACAACCGCCCGUCAUCGUCAACACCAUCAUCGAAGCAAGGAGGAGGAGGAGGAGGGAGCAUAAGAAAGAACUGGAAGAAUUAUUACGGAUCAAAGAACAGUGGCACUAAUGCUAAAAGCAGCAGCAGUGAUUCCUGCAGGUUUGAGAUUAAAGAGGCAGCAGUCGCUGUAGUAGAGGGAUCGGCAUCAUCAUCAUCAGGUGGAUCAUCAUCAUCAUCAUCAUCAUCAUGUAUGAGAGAUGCUCGCACUACAGUGAUGAUUAAAAACAUACCCAACAAGUACAGUCAGAAGCUGCUGUUGAACAUGCUUGACAACCACUGCAUCCACUGCAAUGAGCAGAUUGGGGAAGGAGGAGGAGACGAGCCCUUGUCCGCCUAUGAUUUCGUUUACCUCCCCAUCGAUUUUAAUAACAAGUGCAAUGUUGGGUACGGAUUCGUGAACCUAACGUCGCCGGAGGCGGCGGUGCGGCUAUACAAAGCAUUCCAUAUGCAGCCAUGGGAGGUUUUCAACUCCCGCAAGAUUUGCCAAGUCACCUACGCUCGAUUGCAGGGUUUGGAGGUCCUGAAGGAGCAUUUUAGGAACUCCAAAUUCGCGUGCGAUAACGAUGAGUACUUGCCGGUGGUGUUCGAGCCAGCGAGGGACGGCGCCGAAGCAGUGGGGAUUUGCUGGCGAAAAUUCCCUCAGAGGGCGAUGACGGUGAUGACGACGAUAGCAAAGGAGCGGAUGAAGAGGAGGUGCUAUUAG